AUGCCUGUUAUAUUGGAAGAUUAUCAGAGAAAUUUUCUCGAAUUAGCCAUUGAGAGUGAAGCACUCAAAUUUGGUCAAUUUGUCUUGAAUAGUGGUCGUAAGUCCCCAUACUUCUUCAAUUUAGGCCAAUUUAAUACUGGUAAAUUAUUAACCAAUUUAGCAACCUUCUAUGCUAUUGCCAUUAUUCAGUCACAUAUUAAAUUUGAUGUUAUAUUUGGACCAGCCUAUAAAGGAAUUCCAUUAGCGUCUGUGGUUUGUAUGAAAUUAGCUGAAAUUGGCGGAUCUAACUAUCAAGAUGUUCACUAUGCAUUCAAUAGAAAUGAAACUAAAGACCAUGGUGAAGGUGGCAAUAUUGUUGGCGCAUCACUGACAAAUAAAAGGGUUUUUAUUAUCGACGAUGUGAUGACUGCGGGUAAAGCUAUUAAUGAAGCCUUUGAAUUAAUAUCUGCUAAUGGAGGUUGGGCAAUUGGUUGUAUCGUUGCUCUAGAUAGACAAGAGGUGGUUGAUUUAAGUGACAGAAAUGAGUUAAGUGCUACUCAAGCGGUUAGUAGCAGAUAUGAAAUUCCAGUUUUAAGCAUAGUUACACUAUUGCACAUGAUGGAGUUCUUCAAAGAUAAAAUCUCUGUAGAACAGAGGCAAUCAAUGGAAGAUUAUUAUAUUCAGUAUGGUCUCGGUUAA